UUUGUGGAACUGUAAACGCUCCCAGGCAUCCUGCAGCCUCCUCUUAUUCUCACCCGGGUUUUCAAUACUGUGUUUUUGGUUUUUGGGUCGUUUUCUGGGUCUUCCUGGGUAAUAUUGUCUACCGUUUAUUUCACGGAGUUUGGGUCUUGCUGUUGGUCCUGUCAAUGCACUUUGCAUUUCCGCUCGUUUUCAAGGCAUCUUGUUAAGCAUUAUUUCAGUCCACGCAUAAAGGCCUCUCACCUUUUGUCCAACCUUGAGUUCCUCGUGCCCAAUUUUCACAUGCGCCAACACACGCCAAUCUCUCGCGAAAAGGCGCCAGUAUGGCAUUCCUGGUGACAGAUGAUCCAUAUUCAGGACUGGGUAGCGGGCCUAUGGACUUAGAUGGAGAUCUCAUGCAGAUUUAUCAGGACAAUGAAGCUGCUCUCCUAGAGGCGGUUGCCGAGGAUGACGCAUUUGAGGAGACAGACCUUGAAAGCAACUUCGACAAUGUGCAGCAGCAACCGCAGGCCUCUUUGAAGGGCCUCGUCAUCCAAAUCCCCACAUCCACCUUGAUCGCUCCUCGUUCGGCCUUCAGAAGCAAUGUGUCCACCGGCAAAGAGUUUGAAGCGGUACGGAGUCUCCUCGAGUCUGACCCUACCCAGCUCAACGAAGACUUUGUCGAAUUUGAGUUGGACGAUUUCGUGGUGUACAUCGACACUCACAGGCAUCCUCAAGAGAUGAGGGCCAUACACACCUUUGCCACUGCGACCGGCCAACAAAACUUCUUUUUCAAUGGCACGCUCAAGCUUGGCAAUGUCAAGCAUCGUGUAGAGAAGGUGCCUUUCGAGGAGAUCCCGCUGGGGAAUUAUGGCAAAGACAACCCGACAGUGGGGGAGCAAGUUUGGAUUCGAUCCAAGCUCAAUCGCCGGGAGAACAUCUAUUAUCGGCUGAAAAUGCCGUCUGUUGAGUACGCAAGGUUUCACAGGGACUUCCUCUGGGUGGCGGAUCUGGCAAAGCAUGCGGUCGACUUUUCGGAUCACCUCCUGGAGAUGCGCCAGGACGUGUCCAUCCGACACUUCCAACGAGACUUCGCUUCGUGGUUACAGGCAAACCAUGGGUCGUCACCAGCGUUUCAGAAAUGGUACAAAAAACGUGGGACAAACGAUUUUCGCCAGUCCAUCAUUGCGAACCAGUGGUUCGUACGGAAAGAACUGUUUGCUAUGCUUGAAGGCAAGAAAUGGUCUCACAUACAUCUAUUUAGGGAGAUUGCGAAUCCCUUCACUAUGUACAGUCGCCAGGGGUUGCUGCCGAAAGCGAAAGAGGAAAAAAAGAUCCCCCCUACGAUCGUAACACCCUACAUAUUCGACUGCUUUUCUCACAUGAAAAUGGGUGAGAUAUUGAUGCCCUUGCAGCCGUCGGUGAGCACUGAGGAGGCUGUUGCUCGUUCCUGGCCCAAUGCAACCGGGAACCUGAGUUUUAUUCGAAGUGCUUGCACUUCCAAACACCGUCAGACCAUGAUCGACAGCAUCAAAGCUGGAGACACGAUCUCAAUAGCCAUCGAUGCUGAUGCGGAAUGGUUCACCAAUCAGGCGGACAAGAAGUGGUACGGUCUUGUCCAAGGUGUGUCUACGAACCGGUCCCAGCGGCUGUUUGACAUCACAUGGCUGUACGAUCCUGAAGAUACUCCGUGCUGCUCCAUGGUGUACCCUUGGAAAAACGAGCUGUUCCUUAGCGAUCACUGCACGUGUGAGGAGAGACGACGGAGGAUCCCCGAGCAUGCCGUUAUUGGAGUUCAUACGGUGGAAUGGUUCGGCACACCCCAGACCAAGGCCGAAUUCUUCAUCAGACAAACAUAUCAGGUUGAACAACGGCGGUGGGUGACUCUCCAACAAGCUCACAUCCAAUGUCGCCAUGAGGAGCAGAAUCGUCCCGAGUACCUUGUGGGUGAGACCGUCCUCGUCUCAACCCCUGGAAGCGAGUAUCUUGAGCCUUGCGAGAUUCUGGCCUAUGAUGGGGAUUACAAGAACACACGGCUGCGAAAAUUCAUACGACAUAAAACGAUUGCGAGCCGGUCUGCCCGGAACGAGCUCGUCUAUACCGAUGAGGAAAUCUUUGUAGCUAGCCACCACAUACAUGCUAGAUGCAUAAUCCGCUGUUAUUGUCCUGGCGAGACCAUCCCUGCUCCAUACAGCCGGGAUGGUACUGGGAAUGCCUUCAUUAUCACUCACAGGAAGUCAGCUGAUGGCUCAAUACGCCCCUUGAGUCCCGCCAACAAGCCAUCCCUCCGUCAAGGCUUUGAUCCAACACGCCGAAGGAAAAAGCUUCACGCCCUGGAUCUUUUCAGUGGAUGUGGCAAUCUUGGCCGUGGGCUUGAGGAUGGAGGUGCCGUCGAAGCCAAAUGGGUAAACGACAUAUGGGAUGCCGCGAUCCAUACCUAUAUGGCCAACUGCAGAGACCCAGAUUCAGUCCACCCUUUUCUUGGCUCAAUAGACGAUCUCAAUCUUCGCGCUUUUCAGGGAGAGUUCACCGAUUCCGUACCGAGGCCUGGUCAGGUCCAUCUCAUCUGUGGCGGCAGCCCUUGUCCAGGGUUUUCACUGAUCACUCCAGACAAGCAGACACAAAAACAGGCCAAGAAUAGAUCUUUGGUCGCUGCCUUUGCGGCGAGUGUGGAUUUCUAUCGACCACAAUACGGCUUUCUGGAGAAUGUCAUUACCAUCGUGCGAAGCAAAGGCAACGGCAAAGGCAAGGUCACCGAGGACUACUUCUCACAGCUCAUCUGCGCUCUCGUUGGAAUGGGUUAUCAAGCGCAGAUCAUUCUCGGCGACGCAUGGUCCCAUGGAGCGCCUCAGCGCCGCAAGCGUGCCUUCCUAUGCUUUGCAGCGCCAGGACUUGACCUGCCGCUGCCACCGGUGCCCUCGCACUCUCACCCGGAAAAGACAAAGUUCGGUUCGUUAGGAAAGAUGACGAACGGGGAGCCCUAUGUCUUCCGCUCGGACGAGCCCACAGCUUUCCGAUACGUCACAGCGCUACAAGCAACCGCAGAUCUCCCCGACAUUUACGAUGCCAAAACCGAAACGUGCGUGGCAUUUCCAGACCACCGGCUCUCGAUAUCUCUGGCUUCCGCAGACACGAUCCGGGCCAAAGACGGCCACGGCAAGAACGGCCGAACCCAAAGCCUCAACAUGCCCAUACGACCCUUUGGCAUGAACAUGUCCCGCGCCUGGCACCACACGAUCAGGGACAACCUCAGCGGGGACACGCUCCGGUACAUGUUCGACCACGAGCGGGACGCCUACCCGGGCAAGGACGUCUACCGGUCGUCGAGCGUCAGCAACGGGUGGGGCCGCGUGCACCCCCACGGCCUCUUCAACACCGUCACGACCACCUGCGUCUGGACCGACGCGCGGAUCGGCAGGCUCUCGCACUGGGACCAGCCGCGGCCGCUGACCGUGAUGGAGGUCCGCCGGGCCCAGGGCAUACCGGACGACGAGGUCCUGCUCGGCACGCCGAGGGACCAGUGGCAGAUGGUCGGCAACGCCGUCGCGCGGCAGAUCGCCACGGCCCUCGGGCUGUCGCUGCGGAAGGCCUGGGUCGGCAGCCUGUAUGAGGAUGACGACGAGUCAGCGCCGCUGGAGCUGGGGGAGGGGGAGGGGGAGGGGGAGAACGGAUACGCCGCAGAGGCCGGACACGCUGUAGAGAACGGCGUAGGCUGUGUAGAGUUGCCGGUCACGAACGGGAAUGGCCAGAUGUUGCUGGACUGA